GAGCGCUGGGUCCUUUUUGUCCCCUACUCCGAGCGGUGUCAGCUUUCCGUGCGGAAGCGGUGGCCGUGAGGGAAGAAGAUGGCGGCGACUGUGGUGGCGUCGCCUGGUGCGGUGGCUAGUCGGGCCAACAAGCGCAGCGGCCCUGGGCCGGGAAGCGGCAGCGGCGCGGGAGCCAAAGGGUCGGAGGAGGAACCGCCGCCGCCCCUACAAGCAGUUCUGGUGGCAGAUAGCUUCAAUCGCCGCUUCUUCCCCAUCUCUAAGGACCAGCCUCGGGUCCUCUUGCCCCUGGCCAAUGUGGCACUAAUUGACUACACUCUGGAAUUUCUGACCGCCACAGGUGUACAGGAAACCUUUGUUUUUUGUUGCUGGAAGGCUGCUCAAAUCAAGGAACAUUUACUGAAAUCCAAGUGGUGCCGCCCUACAUCCCUCAACGUGGUUCGAAUAAUUACAUCAGAAUUAUAUCGAUCACUGGGGGAUGUUCUCCGUGAUGUUGAUGCCAAGGCCUUGGUGCGCUCUGACUUCCUUCUGGUGUAUGGGGAUGUCAUCUCAAACAUCAAUAUUACCAAAGCCCUGGAAGAACACAGAUUGAGGCGGAAGCUAGAAAAAAAUGUAUCUGUGAUGACAAUGAUCUUCAAAGAGUCAUCCCCUAGCCACCCAACUCGUUGCCAUGAGGACAAUGUGGUAGUGGCUGUGGAUAGUGCCACAAACCGGGUUCUCCAUUUCCAAAAGACCCAAGGUCUUCGACGGUUUUCUUUUCCUCUGAGUUUGUUCCAGGGCAGUGGAGAUGGUGUAGAGAUUCGCUAUGAUUUACUGGACUGUCACAUCAGCAUCUGCUCUCCUCAGGUGGCUCAACUCUUUACAGACAACUUUGACUACCAAACUCGAGAUGACUUUGUGCGAGGCCUGUUAGUGAAUGAGGAGAUCCUAGGGAACCAGAUCCACAUGCAUGUGACAACUAGGGAAUAUGGCGCCCGGGUCUCCAACCUACACAUGUAUGCGGCUGUCUGUGCUGAUGUCAUCCGCCGAUGGGUCUACCCACUCACGCCAGAGGCAAACUUCACUGACAGCACAACCCAGAACUGCACUCAUUCCCGGCAUAACAUUUACCGAGGGCCUGAAGUCAGCCUAGGCCAUGGCAGCGUCCUGGAGGAAAAUGUGCUUCUGGGCUCUGGCACUGUCAUUGGCAGCAAUUGCUCUAUUACCAACAGUGUCAUUGGCCCUGGCUGCCACAUUGGUGAUAACGUGGUGCUGGACCAGGCCUACCUGUGGCAGGGUGUCCGAGUGGCUGCUGGAGCACAGAUCCAUCAAUCUCUGCUCUGUGACAAUGCUGAAGUCAAGGAACAAGUUACACUGAAGCCACGCUGUGUCCUUACUUCCCAGGUGGUAGUGGGCCCAGACAUCACGCUGCCUGAGGGCUCGGUGAUCUCUUUGCACCCUCCAGAUGCAGAGGAAGAUGAGGAUGAUGGCCAGUUCAGUGACGAUUCUGGGGCUAACCAAGAAAAGGAGAAAGUGAAGCUGAAAGGUUACAAUCCAGCAGAAGUCGGAGUUGCUGGCCAGGGCUACCUCUGGAAAGCUGCAGACAUGAAUGUAGAAGAGGAAGAAGAACUACGGCAGAAUCUAUGGGGACUCAAAAUCAAUGUGGAAGAAGAGAGUGAAACUGAGAGUGAGCAGAGUAUGGAUGCUGAGGAGCUAGACAGCCGAACGGGCUCCCCACAGAUGGAUGACUUCAAAGUAUUCCAGAAUGAAGUCCUGGGAACACUACAGCGGGGCAAGGAGGAGAACAUUUCUUGUGACAAUCUAGUCCUAGAGAUCAACUCUCUCAAAUACGCCUACAACAUAAGUCUAAAGGAGGUGAUGCAAGUAUUGAGCCACGUGGUCCUGGAGUUCCCCUUCCAACAGAUGGAUUCCCUGCUGGACCCAAACCGUUACUGCGCCCUGCUGCUUCCCCUUCUCAAAGCCUGGAGUCCUGUUUUUAGGAACUACAUAAAGCGUGCAGCUGAUCAUUUGGAAGCAUUGGCAGCCAUUGAGGACUUCUUCCUGGAGCAUGAAGCUCUUAGUACUUCCCUGGCCAAGGUGCUGAUGGCUUUCUACCAGCUAGAGAUCCUGGCUGAGGAAACAAUCCUGAGCUGGUUCAGCCAAAGGGAAAUGACUGAUAAGGGGCAGCAAUUGCGCAAGAACCAACAGCUGCAGAGGUUCAUCCAGUGGCUAAAAGAGGCAGAAGAGGAAUCAUCUGAAGAUGACUGAAGUCACACCGCCUGCUCCUACGGGUGUGUUGAUAGCCCUCCCGGCUUCUGGACCAGAGCAAAUGAGAGGCUAGUUGCAGAAGGAUGAGUGAUCACCAUCCAAGCUGAGACUUAAAGGAGCAGAGGCUGGAACUACAGUAUUCUUCCCACCGCCAGUAACCAUGUGCCUCCCAUCCUGACUGGGGAGUUGGGAAAAGGGAAGUUGGGCUGGAACAAAGCUCUGCCUAAAGAGGAGCAAGGCAAGCCCUGCAGUUAGAGGAAGCCCAGAGGAAUAGUUUUGUGCUCUGGCUUUCCCUCAGGGAACAGCAGAGAGCAACUGGCCCUUUCUGCUGCUUGUAUUUGUUAAUAUUAAAAAAAGAGAGAGAGA